AUGAAAACAAGAAAGCUUUCACUCCGUGAUGAAGAUUUUCCUGAUCAAUCUGAAUCCAUGGCGUCAAGAACUCGUCCCCGCCUUGAAAUCGAGCCAAUACAGAUCGGCAUUCAAAUGGCAUCGCCACCUCCGCCGUCACCACCACCGCCGCUCACCGAAAAUCAAGACUUGAAUAUCCACACCGACCUUCGACUGUGUUUCUACUUCGAACCAUCAACUCCGGCAUCGGAACAACCUCAACAACCACAACAACCACCGCUGUUCCCACCACCACCGCCGCUUAACGAAAACCAAGAAUUCAAUAUCCAGAAAGACCUUAGAAUGCGCGUCUACUUCCCACAAUCUACACCGGAGCCGGAGCAACCACCACCACCACAACCUGAUGAUAACCGUCACGAACUCCCCUCAACCCACGUCCCACAACCGCAAUCGGUAGUAGUCGCACCACCUGCCACACGUCGCCAACGUAGAAACCCUACACAUGCACCACGACAAGGUAAACCUCCAACCAUCCAACCGCCUUUCCCAUGGGCAACCGACCGCCGUGCUCAAGUACACAGCCUGAAAUACCUAACUGAAAUCGGCAUCACCACCAUCUCCGGCGACGUCCAUUGCAAGCGUUGUGAUGAAAGCUACCAAAUCGAAUACAAUCUCGUUCAAAAGUUCUCGGAAGUCUCUCAUUACGUGGCGGAGAACAAGUACCGUUUCCGUGAACGAGCUCCGGCGACAUGGAUGAAUCCAACGUUACCGACAUGCAAGUUAUGUCAUCAGGAAAACAGCGUGAAGCCGAAGAUGGCUGAGAAGAAGAAGUCUGUGAACUGGUUGUUCUUGCUUUUGGGACAGAUGCUUGGAUGCUGUACGUUGGAUCAGUUGAAGUAUUUCUGUAAACACACUGGACACCAUCGAACUGGUGCGAAAGAUAGGGUUCUGUUCUUGACGUAUUUAGGGUUAUGCAAACAAGUUGAUCCAGAUGGACCUUUCGAUCGUGGCGAAACAGUGAAUGGUUAUUAUUCGUAA